CUAUCAAAGAAACUGAAGUUCUCGCUAUUGAAAAUCUUAUACAAACACACCAAAUCACUUACUAUCCUAACACCAUCCUCAAAUCACUUCCUAUUUCAAGGACCCUAACACAACCAUCAUGAUAUUUUUAGAAAAUGUGGUGUCUUUAUAAGAACUUUGUAUAACUCUUUAUACAAAGAGAUAUACAAAGGGGGGCAACUGUAGACACCACAUUUUGUCCGGAGCAACCAUCCUGCUUAAAACUCAAAAGAAUGUCUAACUUAAAAAGAAAACUCAAGUAAAAAUUUGGACGAGGUUGGUUGAGAUUAGCAAUGGCGAAUCAAUAAGUACCAACGUCUUUUAAGUCCGUUUUAUUUGGUUCGAAUAUUUGUACUAGGUAGGAUUAGCAGUAGCUAAUGGCUACCGAAUUCGCUUUGUUUAGACUAACAAUAGUAUUUGGUUCAAAUAUUUGUACUAGGUAGGAUUAGCAGUAGCUAAUGGCUACCGAAUUCGCUUUAUUCAGAAUAACAAUAGUAUGCUGUCAUUGGUAAUUUUGCUUAACGACCCAAAUCCAUGGUUUGCGAAGCAUUGAUUAGAUGUUUGGAUUUGGUUUGAAAUUGGAUAAGCGAACAAAUUGGGUUGGAAGAAUCAAUUGAAUGUUUGAGCUUUGAGCAAUACAUACAAUGAUCAUCUAAUUCUGAAGGCAAUAACAUAAAUAAAUAAAUGUGUAAUUACAAAUUACAAUUUAUAACCUUUAAGAUACACUUAGUAAUUAUACAUUAAAAAAAAACUAUCAGAAACAAACCCACACCAGCAGCCCAAUUCUCAAACUAUAAAACUCAACCCAGGCCCACAUUUCGACCCAAUCCAGUAUGGUCGGUCCAGGUCCACUAUGGUCAAAUCGGUCAACACAGGUCAACCCAAUCAACCAAACCCAUCAUCCUUAUCUUAUCUAAAGGAGCAGCAGAGUAGCAGAGCAUCAGUUAUCUUAUCUAAAGGAGCAACAGAGUAGCAUAGCAGCAGAAAUUACUGCCGCCUCUCAAAAGGAGGAAUUCGGCCACCUCCUCCAAAGAACCAACACCAAACUGCAAACACAAAAGGUGUUUCAGACCACCACCUCAAGAGCAAAGGAGGAGCAGCCAGCACACAAUGAUGAACAGUAAAAAGUGAUCAUAUAUAAAGGGGUUUUUUACCCCGAAAAGGGGCAGAGAGGAUUUGGUGGAGAAAGUGCAGAGAGGGAACCAACAAAAAACACACAAAAAGGAGACAAAGACAUUAAAGCACUAAGCACCAAAAGAGGCAGACGAGAAACACUAAGGAUCCAAAAGGGGCAGAGAGUCAGAAAUAGCAACAGCCAACAAACUAUCGCCAUCAAACUCCACCAAAUUGCAACAUAGGUUGGUAUUUUCUACACCUCAUCAACCAUACAAGCAUCUAGUCAUCCAUACAUCCAUGUAGAAAAAUUCAAUUAACAUGUUUGUAAAUGAUGAUUGCUUCUAAAUUCAUAAUCCAUAGUUAGGUUGCUUAAGUUUAUAUGUGAAGUGGGUAUUACGAAAUUCUGAUCUUUGUGAAAUGUAUGCCUCUUUAUGCCAUUUUUUUUGUUACAUGCUACAAUAGACAGUUUACUUUUAUCACCAACAUACAAUGAAUUAGUUUAAAUUGCUUUCAGUUUUUCUAGCAAGCAUAAUUCUUGCUCAAUUGCUAGCUGAACUUAGAAAUAAUAUCAGCUAGGCUAAUUCAUUUACUCUUUCAACAUACCAAAAAUCCAGCAAUCUACUCAAAACACAAAAUAGGAUUCAAACCAGAUCUUUGAGAGAGUAUUUUAAAAUACCUCAUUUAUGUUUAAGGGCGCCCCUUUUCUUUACUCAAUUACCAGAUUUGGUAAUCACAAAGUUCUCAUUUAGUUGUCAUUUGUAUGCUGAAUACAGUAAAAGCCCUGCCUUCAUUAAGAAUUCCAUUUAUUACCAAUUAGCAUUAGCCUUUUAAUCAAUUACUUAACCAAAUCUCAACUUUAGAGAAGCUUCCCAUCAAGCUGAUGGUCAUGAACAGUGGCUAUGGCCCAAAUUCGUAUAGAAGCUUCCCAUCAAGCUGAUGGUCAUGAGCAGUAGCUAUGCCCAACAAAGAAAGUAAUUUUCAAAGCAUCCCGAUAAAACUGUUUUAGCUAAAUAAUUAAAUCAUAGGUUCUUAGCAGCCAAUCGAGCAAAAAAAGAUCGAGAUUGAGAGGGAUAUCACCUAGUCUUCUUCAAAUUGAAUAGAUCUGCAAAAAAUUAAGAAAUCAAGAAUCAGAACCCCAAAUAAUGAUAAUAAAUAAAAAGCAGAAUAGCAAAAAAGGUUAAAACAAAGGACUUACCCCAAAACCGAACCCUCGCCGUCGGCUCUGGCGCAGGCCGCGCCGUCGGAGACCGCCGCCUUUCCCUUCCUUCCCUCGUCCGAAACAAAAAAAAAACAAAAAACAAAAAAAAACAAAAAAACAAAAAAACAAAAAAAGUCAAAUCCCAAUCUUAUUUAUUAAAUCGAAUGAAAAAUGGACAUGCAUGUAGAAUAGAGCUUACCAUAGGGUAAAAUCUCCUCGUCGUCACCUCUGUUCCAACUAGAAAGGGUAGAUCGAGAUUAUUAGAAGGUAAGUCAAGAGUCCCUUCUCGGUUUUGGAUCGAUCUCCGAAAGAAAAAAAAAGAAAAAGGGUUAGAACCUCAUUCGAAAACCCAGAAAUCAAAAGAAAAUAGACCGUGCAUGUUUCGAUCUCACCUAGAUCGAGGCCAUCUCGGUUGAUUUCGUCUAGUGUGAGCGGUCUUUUAGGCGAAUCGAACAGGGAGAGAAGGAGGCUUAGUGUAGGUUGAAAAUGAGGAGGAUGAGGUGAGAAAGAGGUGUUUUCUUCACCUCUGAUCUGGACUAUUGGGAGGAUGUCGGCGGCGGUUUUGGAUCAGGGCUAGGGUUUGGGUUCUCUGGACGAGAGAGAGACGAAGGAGAGAGAUUGAGCGGCGGCCGCUAGGUCGAAAUAGAUUAAGGUUAUAAUUUUUCGACUUAGAGAUGAAUAUAUACCUCAACUUUCUUAAUGACAAUUUUGCCCUUAGGGUUUCCAAAUAUUAACGAGAUAUUGCCACCGCGUUUUUGGGUAAUUACAAAAAUACCCUUCCCCAUUUUGGGGCACCAAAACGAGAAAUAAAAAUAUUCUCCGCCAACAUGUUUCGAACCCUCGUUCUCUGGGUCAAACGCGUGUUUGGUGUGGCGUUUUAGCCAGUUGGGCUGCCAGCCCAUCAUGCAUGAAAAUUGUCAUCCCAUUUAGUUUUAUUUGUUUUAAAAUCCUUAAUACGAAAUGUAGAAUGCGGAUUAAGUUUACCUCGUUUUUUUAAUACGCCACAAUACUUCCUAAUAGCUAAAAUACUCGCGUUUAUUGUCAUAACCUCAUAAUAAUCUAAAUGAAUUUUUAUUAACAAAAUUAUAAUACGAAAUCACGAUCAGUGGAACGUGAUUACAAUUAAAUUGUCAAAUUUCGAACGAACUACGUGGACUUUGAUCCCGUCUAACGGGUACGUAGGCAACCGAUAAAGUUCGAGUCCAACUAACCAAUUAACUUUAUCUUUUACGUCAGUGGGCGUACAAUUAAAUUACAGCUAAUACGAUUAAAAUCAUUAAAUGGUCGAGUGGGACCUAAAAUUACAAAAAUAUUAUUAAAAUACACCCAACUCAUAUAAAAACUUAUCGACUUAAGUAGUACCGAUUUAGGGCGUUGUGGGGUGUGAUUUCACUUCCCCACACGUAACAGUACUCCCGAACCUAGAUCUCUAUAUUUCUAAUUCGCAGACCAAGCCCCGGUUCUGACCUAAGAUUAGAGCCGACCGAAGAGUGUUCGAUCCACUCCAACUAAGAUCAAAAGCGACUCCCAAAAAUGCCGAUGCGACGACGUCGGACCCCGGAGAGACGGUUGCGACAGCCAUAAUGGCACUAACUAUGCGUUCAUUAUAACGUAAUUAACUACUCAGUUCAUACCUUCUGUAUUACAUCAUGCAAACACGAUCUUGAAUGACCACACACAGCAAUCUUGGUUCCGGUAGAGACCCAAAUUCCCUGACUGAUUUCCUUAUCUUAAUCUAAUUCCUUGCAAAAAAAAAAAAAAAUGUUCAAUCUUUAGAUGACAAGAUUUUACUAAUAAUCUUUGUGCAUAAUCUUUGUGCACACUGUACAUUUAAAGCAGAGACAUAAUCUUUGUGCACUCAAGAACUCCAGCCAUUUGGCAGCGGCGGAUUCAGGAAUUUUAAAUAGGAGUGUCCUCUUAAAUGAGAUGAUUAUCUCUUAACACCGUUCUUUAAAUUCAAGUUUUUCUGGGUAAUUUCAGUCCAGGAAAUUCACAAAGACAACAUGCGAUUUAUCGUAGCUCUUCUUCUCGCCGUCAUUUUCAUUCUCCAUGGCUCUUGCAGCUCAUUUAUAGCUGAUCACCACUUCCCGUUCGUCCACGACGCCACCGUAGCCCCGCCGGUGGUGUACUUCGACUACAUCAUCAUCGGCGGGGGAACCGCGGGUUGCCCGCUGGCGGCGACUCUGUCUCAAAACGCCACCGUUUUGGUCCUUGAAAGGGGCGGUUCCCCGUACGGAGACUCCAACAUAACCAACGUGGGGAACUUCGGGAGCACGAUCUCGGACACGUCACCACACUCGGCCUCCCAGAUCUUCAUCUCGGAGGACGGCGUGUACAACACGCGCGCUCGGGUGCUCGGCGGCGGGAGCGCCAUCAACGCCGGGUUCUACUCCCGCGCGGAGCCGGAGUUCGCGCGGGACGCCGGCUGGGAUGAAGAGCUGGUCCGGCGGUCGUACGACUGGGUCGAGUCCAAAGUCGCGUUCGAGCCGCCGGUGAGGCAGUGGCAGUCCGCCGUCCGCGACGGGCUCGUCGAGAUCGGGGUCCUGCCGUACAACGGGUUCACCUACGACCACGUCCAAGGUACCAAAAUCGGCGGGACGAUUUUCGACGACCAGGGCCGCCGCCACACCGCCGCCGAUCUCCUCGGGUACGCCAACCACAGAACCAUCAAGGUCUACCUCCACGCCACCGUUUCCAGAAUUCUCUUCACUCGUAGAGGGAGGCGAUGGGCAAACCCAAGAGCAUACGGUGUCGUAUUCGAGGACGCGUUAGGAAUCAAGAAGAGAGCGUUCUUGAGACCACACCCACAGAACGAGGUAAUCUUGACCGCCGGUGCGCUCGGAAGCCCGCAACUGAUGAUGCUGAGCGGGAUCGGACCUGCCCUGCAUCUGAAGAGCCAUGGAAUCCAUGUAGUUCUCGAUCAACCCAAUGUGGGACAAGGAAUGGCCGACAAUCCAAUGAACCUCCUCUACGUUCCUUCCCCUGUUCCGGUCGAGAUCUCACUCAUUCAAGUCGUCGGCAUCCCUCCAGGCCAGAACACGUACAUCGAAACUGCUAGCGGGUUGAGCUUCGCUUACUCUUGGGCUCAGGGGUUCGCUCGUGACUAUGUCACCUUCUUCAAUCAGUCGGGGAAGCCAUCGUCGCUGACGGCGGAGACGAUGGCGAAGGCGAUCGACACGGUGCACGCCUACGCCAACACGAGUUUGAAGGGGGGAGUCAUACUCGAGAAAGUGAAGGGGCCGUUAUCUUCAGGGGAUCUUAAAUUACGAAGCAGGAGCCCGAGGGACAACCCUUCAGUGACGUUCAACUACUUCAAGGAUCCGCAGGACCUACGCGGCUGCGUGGAAGGGAUGAGGAGCAUCGUAAACAUGAUCAAUUCGCCGUCGUUCGCUAGGCUCCGGUACGCGAAUUUGCCCGUUCAGGCUCUGGUGGACUUGAUGCUGAACCUGCCGGUGAACCUGAGGCACGUCUCGUCGUCGAUCUCGUUGGAGCAGUUUUGCAUCGACACGGUGAUGACGAUUUGGCAUUACCAUGGUGGGUGUCAAGUUGGGAAGGUGGUGGAUCGAGAUUACAGAGUUGUUGGGGUGGAUGGUUUGAGGGUGAUUGAUGGGUCGACGUUUCUCAAGUCACCAGGGACGAACCCUCAAGCCACUGUUAUGAUGCUUGGAAGAUACAUGGGGGUGAGGAUUUUGCAAGGGAGACCUCCGGUCAAUUUGAGGAGAUUGCGGGGGAGAUUUCCAGCGAGUUGGAGGAGACGGUGGCAUAGCCACAUUCCUUGAAAUUACAGGGGAGAGGGAUGUCAAUCGAUAGGCAUGAUAAAAUGAUGUUAGGAAGAAAUGUAUGGUUUUUAGUUUUGUGAGAAAUUGGAUUGACUUGUUUCAUGAUUUUGUGGAUCGUUAUAAUGAAUCGUGUUACAAAGAUAUGUGAACACGAUACAGUGGUUUUGGAAUUAUAAGUCUAACUAGUAUAAGCACGCUCGUUAUCGCUUUGUGUGUGGGCAAGAACGUGAUAUUUUAAAGAUUAAUAGUUUAAAUUUUGACCCAAAAGAAAAGGGCUUGUCAUCUACAACUCUAUAUAGUCGACGCAACCAUGAACUUUGAUAAGGGAAAAUGGUCGUCAAACAAAUGAUUUUUUAUGUUUUAUCUUCUCUCAUAACACUAUUUAUUAGUUUGUAUUGUUUUUGCUUUUUUUAAGUUCAUCUUGAUUUUCCUAUUUAUGGAUUUGAUGGACUGAUUGCAGGUUUGAGCAGGUUCAACUCACUUUGGCUAGAUUGAAUUACAAUUGAAUACCCAUGAACUUGGGUUCAGUUUCAUUCUCAAUGAAUAGGCUUAUUCGAA